AUGCUUCUAGAUAUUCAAGGCCUUCGAUGUGUGGCCGUUAUUUCUGUUGUGCUUUUCCAUCUAUGGCCAAGGUACCUUUCCGCCGGAUAUCUUGGGGUCGACAUGUAAGUUUUUGAAGAGGGCAGUAAACUGAAGAGGGCACCUCGAAGAAAAAGUGAUAUGGUGAAGGGGGACCAAGGCGCAUAUCUUACAAGGAAAGUACCUCUAUAGGGAAUGGAGUUACAGAUCAAAGAUAUAUCAAAAAAAAAUGUAAAAUUUUUCUGAUUCAGAAUAUGUAAAAAUUAGCUGUCUAAUUUUGAUUUGUAAGGGCGAAAAAAUCCUCAGAACUUUUCUCGCAACACCACAUAAAUGCCCUUUUCUAUAUUGGGACUAUUAAUUAAGGUGUAGUAUUAAUCAAGUUUGAUAUUUCAAGGCUUGCCAAGAUGCCAGGGUCCACUUUAGCUCAAAACAAAGCUUUUGAUUUGGUAAAAACUUGAUCAAAAUAUGUAUAUAAACUUUACGCUUUUCCAGAGUUUUGUUUUAUACAAAAUGCUCCCUGGCCCCCCAUUAGUUUACCAUAUCUUCAUUCCCCAUCGAAAUGCUCUCUCCGUCGAGGUGUCCUCAUCGCUAAGGUGUCCUCUGCCCUUUUCCCUCAGGUGCCCUUUUCGCCAAUAUACCCUGUUCGAAUCCAACAGCACAUUUAAAAAUUUCGCAUCUACCUUUCAGAUUCUUCGUCAUCUCCGGCUACCUCAUGCAUCAUAUCCUCAGCUCCAAAUCCUUUGAUUUCGCAGCUGUUUACACCUUUUACUUCCGUCGAGUCGGUCGAAUUGUUCCAGAAUACCUUCUCAUCUUACUGCUGACGAUGCUAGCUGUUGUCCUCACAUAUUCUGCUUCCGAGUUAAAGACAGUGAUGCAUGAGCUGUUGGCGGCUGCAACGUUUACCUCGAACACAUUCGCCCUGCCAAAAACGGGCUAUUUUGACGUGAAUAACGAAUACCCGCCGUUUCUGCACACAUGGUCGUUGGCGGCGGAGCUCCAGUUUUACUUGAUUGUGCCGUUUAUUUUCUACAUGUAUCGGAAGUUUGGUGAUGUUCAUGAGUGGAUUGGGACGGUAUUUGUCUUGGUUAUGGCGGCAGUCAGUGUGACGUUUCAAGUGCUGACCAGCUAUGGUAAGAUGCAACGGGUUAGAGGAUUGUCUACAAAGCCUUUUUUUGAUCAUCCUGUCGGGAAAAUAAUGUGGAUUUGUCGCAGCAAAAUGUCUCACCGAACCAAAUGUUCAGCCGCAGUUCGCCGUCACAAAGCGAUGCUGGGCAAUUUCAAGGCGCAACAAAUCCACAUUAUUUUCCCGACAGACCACUAUACUGGUUGACAAAAUUUUCUUUCCACCUCGUAUCUCUGGAACGGCUGGGCCUAGAACCUCCAAAUUCGGCAUAGAAACAUCCUAGGACAAUGGAACACCAUGCCCAAAAAAUCAUAUCAUUUGAUGCACUUUCAAUGCACUUUUUAUGCAAAAGGCAAAAAACCGGAUGACAAAAUUUUCUUUCCACCUUAGAAAAAACGUUUGUAACGCAUAAGCCAGAGGGUGUUAGGGCAUGAUUGUGGUAUCGUUGUGAUUGCGAAGAACUGCUCUCUCGAUUGGUGUCACAACUUUACAGGGGUUUUCGUUUCUUCGCCCUUGGGCGUCGGCUCAUCAUUGCCUUGUCCAUUUUCUGCCAAAUUCAUGGCCAGAGGAGCUCGCAUAAAGUAUAAGGAGAUGAAAAUGCUCUUAAAAAAUUUAGCAUUCAUGGUUGCAACAUUGUUUACUCCGGCAGUAGAAUUAGAUUUAAUUUAAGUGCGCUUCAGGGGAAAAUGCGCGCUUCCAGGGUUCUCGUUACCAAAAAAUUAAGUUAUUAUGGGAACACUGCAGAUAAUUCAAGUAACUUUUCCUGCUUAUAUAUUUUCUAUGAAACUACAGACUUAAAAAAUAGUGACGAUUUUAGUCUCUGAUGUCGCGCUUAGGUGUGAGCAGAAGAAAGGUUCCACAUGUCCCAUGUGCAAAAUUUGCAACUCUAAGCUUUCUGCGCAAGCUAUUCGUCGUGGAAAAAAACGUUGAAGGCCUAUCAAUGUCAAUGUAUUGAAGUAGUCUGAAAGCCAAAAGUCCCAAUAUACCAAGCUUAAGUAAUGCCAAUGCCUAGUGCACCAACCUGCGGUACUGGAGACGACAUAGACCAGAGGGGGGUAAGAUAAGCUGGUAAACUUCAACACAUGCUGUCGUAUAAGCCCUAAAAUACGCCGUAUGUAUAGCAAAUGGAUGUAAUUUGGACGUUUCCAUUCUGUACAGAAGUGAUUCUUCGGGUUUGCGGGCCCUGGUAGGGCGCAUUUUUCCCUGCAGCGCACUUAAAUGAAAUCUAAUUCUACUGCCGGAGUAAACAAUGUUGCAACCAUGAAUGCUAAAUUUUUUAAGAGCAUUUUCAUCUCCUUAUACUUUAUGCGAGCUCCUCUGGCCAUGAAUUUGGCAGAAAAUGGACAAGGCAAUGAUGAGCCGACGCCCAAGGGCGAAGAAACGAAAACCCCAGUAAAGUUGUGACACCAAUCGAGAGAUCAGUUCUUCGCAAUCACAACGAUACCACAAUCAUGCCUUAACACCCUCUGGCUUAUGCGUUACAAACGUUUUUUCUAAGGUGGAAAGAAAAUUUUGUCAUCCGGUUUUUUGCCUUUUGCAUAAAAAGUGCAUUGAAAGUGCAUCAAAUGAUAUGAUUUUUUGGGCAUGGUGUUCCAUUGUCCUAGGAUGUUUCUAUGCCGAAUUUGGAGGUUCUAGGCCCAGCCGUUCCAGAGAUACGAGGUGGAAAGAAAAUUUUGUCAACCAGUAUAUGUACAUUUUUGUUCCGAUCUUAAACUGUACGCCCCGACUAUGCAUUGCGGUCAUUCUCCAUCUCUAACUACUGCUUCUUGCAUGCGACAUUUAGAUUCAUUGCAAUUUUAGACCCCAAUCUUUCUUACAUGAGCUUGCCUUCGAGAAUCUGGCAAUUUAUGAUUGGAUUUCUCGUCAACUCGUUGCAUAUGGCUGCAGACAAAAAAUUAACUGGCUAUGACAAUCUAACAUCAGUGAUCCAGCCAGAGGACAGCGUCAGCAAAGAGCCUAUUUUCGCUGCAACCACCGUUACAAACGAAGCAGUUGAACUGCCAAAGACCGAGAGCCAAAUUGCAAGACAAUUAGCCCACCUGAACGUAAAAAAUCUCAUUGCGAUUCUGUUUUUAAUCCAACUCUCCGUGCCGAUCACAGGCUACGAGGCGGUCAACCGAAUAGCCUGCACACUCACCGCGGCCGCAUUUAUUUAUGUAAGGCACAACAGUUUCUUGGAAAAUGAAUGGAUGGUUUAUAUGGGCGGGAUCUCGUAUUCCGUUUACCUGAUUCACUGGCCGAUCAUCACGCUGUAUAACUACAAAAACGUCAGCCGCGAAAACGCGAUGACAUUUGCGGGUAAGAUUUCGAAAAAAACUCAAAUGAUCGAUUCCAGUCUGUCGGGAAAAUAAUGAGCACACUGUGGCUGCACCGCUCGCGCCGCUAGAAUGAAAAGUAACUUGGGUUUGCCCCCGAAGACAAUUCAUUUUCUCGGCGGCGAUGCGAUUCUCGAUGCUCAUUAUUUUCCCGACAAACUGAUAAAACUAGGGUCAAAAUAAAAGAUUUCAAUUUCUUAAGACCUUGCUAAGGCUCGUUGCUUCCCCUGAACAGGUAUUCGGGGCUCGUUGUAUCGAGGUUUUACUCUAUUUCUUACCUUCUAUCAACAAAACUUGAAAGACCCUACUACCUGCUGGAAUUGAGGGUUGAAAACUUUCCCUUAAAAAGCCGCUAACAUUUCGCAAUUUUCCAAUGUUUCAGCUGGUUUUCUCAUUGCACAAAGCUGCAUCCUCUUGAGCGUCCUUGUUGAGGAUUGGUUUCAACGGCUCCGCGCGAUAACAACCACCUUUUUACGGCUUCUCGUUGUCAUUGUCGGAUUGUACGCUGCACUAAUUGUCGUGUUCGCCCUCUCUCCGAGGGUUCCGCCGCCGGCGAGUUUGGUGGACAUCUCCCUGGACAAUUACGAUGAGUUUAUCACCUAUUCGAUGAGGGAAUUCGACAAUCGACAAAACUUACGGCUGACGCGCGACGAGCUAAUCGAACUGAACGAGAAGAUCAGCGACUUCUCUUUUUAUUUUUCGAAAAACAACAGGCUCCAUAACAGAACAAUGACGACUAGGCCGAAAGUUUUGCAUCAAGUCGAGGUUUGUUUUCAAAAAAAAAAAACGAAAAGAUCAGUAUUUUUUGUUAGUCUGUCGAUAAAAUAACGUGGAUUGCUCGCGCCUUGGCCCAUUAUCGCUUGGCGGCCCCGGCCGGAGAUUUGGUGUCGGAUUGCGACGAGGCGAGACAUUUUACUGCGACAAAUCCACAUUAUUUUCCCGACAGACUGGUAUUUUAAAUCGUCGCGUCACAAAUAAGUUUUAACGACGUCGCAACGUCGGCGCACCGUGCAAACGGUUUUUUUCGAAGUGUACGAAAAGGAAAAAAAAAUAUUAAUUUUCAGGGAACCGGAGAGCUGGAAAUUUUGAUAACUGGCAACAGCGUCGCUGGGGAUUUGUACUUUGGAGUGUGGGGCCGAUUGAAGCACAGGUUCAGAAGGCUCACUCUGUAUUUUGCCACCGGAAUCACUCCGUUCUUCAAGGACGAGGACGGCAAUCAUGCUGCGGAUUUUGUCGAUUUUAUCGCCAAUUUUGACCGACCAAUCGAUGUCGUGGUUUUUCGAUACACGUAUGUUCGAAAGCCUUCUGAUUAUUAUAUAUCAGUUCUAUAUCAGUCUGUCGGGAAAAUAAUGUGCACGUUUUUCUGCGACAAAACCACAUUAUUUUCCCGACACACUCAUAUAUUCGUUGUGCUGAUGCACAGGCCGAUAUGAAUUUUUGAAAUUUCAGACACAACCGAGUCCGAGGAAACCACAAAUACGUAGAAAAUAUGAUGAGGAUGGACGCCCAAAAUCUUUUCCAAAAAGUCAGCAAUUUGUCGCCAAAACAGAUCAUUAUAGCGACAGCGGAGUACGAAGCGAACUUCAGUCAUCAAAAGUUCGCCAAAUCGCUUCAGAGCAAAGCCGACAACAUGACGUUUGAUGAAUUCAAUUUUUCGCUUAAAGUAAUGAUGUCACCUGUGUUUUCUUUCAUCUCUGGACUAUAUCAGUCUGUCGGGAAAAUAAUGUUUUUUUUUCCCGACAGACUGAUAAAUUCAUUUUUGAGAAAGCGUUGUACCCACCUUCCUGUCAACGUCAAGUUUCGUUUUUCCAGGAGAUCGAGCAACGAAAUUUGGAGCUGGACAAAGCCACCAUGGGAAUAGAUUGCGAAAAAUGUCACUUUGUAGACCUUUAUCGACGGCUUUGCGAUCCAACUGAGGACAAGUGUAUGGCCGUUGACAAACACGGCUUUGCAAACUACAAAGACGGGCAUCACUCAACAAUGUUUGGGUCAUUUCACUUUGCCCACGAGCUUAUACUCUUCAUGAGCAGACUCGGCAUUUUAUAG